AUGGGAAAUUGCAUGAAUAAAUGCAGAAACAACAAGAAAUUUUUGGAGAAGAAGGCACCACAGGAACAUGAGGAGAAAUCAGAAGAAAUUCAGAAAGAAAAUGGCUUAGAAAAAAGCAGUAAAAUGACAGUGAAAAUCAUAUUGACAAAGGAGGAAUUGCAGUGGCUACUUUCCCAGCAGAAGAAUAAAGAAUGGAAGAGUUUGGAAGAUGUAUUGGGAGAGAUACAAAGAGGCAGAGAAAAAGCUAAUGUUGGGUGGAAACCAUCUUUAGACAGCAUAAAUGAGAGCCCUCAUGAAGUUCUUGAGGAGGAAAUGGACAGAUGA